UUAUGUGUGGGGAUUGCUUAUCAUCAACCGACAACACCAAAACACUCGAGCCACGAUACUACGAUGCAAUUCGAGAUGGAAUAAUUGAGCAGAUUCUCAUUCCAAUGUCAGAUUAAUAAAGACACCUGUCGCGCAGAGUUUGGCGAUUUUUGACGUUGUUGUUUAGCCAAAUAAAAGAGAAACGUCAAGCAGUUAAUAUUGGAAAAAUGGCGGAAUGCAUCGUAUCGACCGAAACUCUCCUAGCCGAAGCGACACGAGCGUUUCGUGAGGAAUUUGGUGGCGAACCCGAAAUAGCAGUGGCGGCGCCCGGCAGAGUCAAUUUGAUCGGAGAACAUACUGAUUAUAAUGAUGGAUUUGUAAUGCCUAUGGCGCUGCCAUUAGUGACCGUUAUUGUCGGCAGGAAAAUCGGUGGGGAAUUUUCAACUGCAAUAACGCUCAACAAAGAUGCCGACUUGCCCAGAAAAAUAACCAUCGAAAUGCCUAACGAAAACGCCUUGGUGAGAACCAUAGAACACAGCGGACCUAAAUGGGGCCUUUACGUUAAAGGUGUAAUAGCGAACUACAUCGGGCCAGCCCCGCCAGCGUUUCAAGCCGUAAUUCACAGUAGCGUCCCAACGGGGGGUGGCCUAUCAAGCAGUGCCGCGCUUGAAGUCAGCACUUACACAUUUUUGGACAGCCUCACCGGUUACACUAAUACUAACUCCAACCAAAAAGCAUUAGCUUGCCAAAAAGCCGAGCACCAGUACGCCGGAAUGCCUUGCGGCAUUAUGGACCAAUUCAUAUCAGUUAUGGGAAAACAAGGAAAUGCCCUACUUAUCGAUUGUAGAAAUUUAUCAGCAGAACUUAUUCCGCUCGAUGACCCGGAAAUUGUUGUUCUCAUUACAAACUCUAACGUCAAACACGAGCUAACUGGUAGCGAAUAUUCGACAAGAAGGAAGCACUGUCAAGAAGCGGCUUUAAUUCUGAAAAAGGUCAGCCUGCGAGAUGCCAACGAAAGCGAUAUUGAUUACUUAAAAUCGAUUGAUGCGAAUGACACGUUAAUCAAACGUGCAAGACAUGUGAUCACUGAAAUAGAGAGAACCGCAAUCGGUGCUGUGGCCCUUAAAGAAAAAGAUUAUAACAAAUUUGGACAAUUGAUGAAUGCGAGUCAUAAUUCUUUACGCGACGACUAUGACGUUUCCUGUCCUGAACUUGAUCAAUUGGUGGAAUUGGCGUUGCAAAUUGAUGGUGUUUUGGGCAGUAGAAUGACCGGAGGCGGCUUUGGAGGCUGUACCGUGACACUGGUACAUGCCAAUGUGGUGGACCAAGUUAUAGAUAAUAUUAAAAAAAAAUAUACUGGAAAUCCCGUUUUCUACAUAUGUAAACCAAGUGACGGAGCAAGAGUUCUAUGAUCAUCCCAAAAUAAAUGUCCAACUAGACAUGCAUAGGUUAUUUAUUUUUUAAUAAAUAAAUCGUUUUCUAGUGAAUGCUGUUUUAGUCUCCACUUUCGCUAACUAAUUGAAUUCGAAUAACAAAUCUGAAAUAAUAAGCCAGAUAAUUGUAUAAUCGUUUUUAAUAUUUUGUACCUUGAGUUAAUAGG